AAUGUUAUCACCAUAAUUGUUAUCUUAAUGGAGAAAGGGUCCAACCAAUAGUAUGGCAUUAGAACCUGGACGUAUUUAAUAAUUAAUUCAAUAGAUGGAAGAGAGAUCUUCUGUAUGGAUAUUAUGAAAGAUCAUUUAGUUACUGGAUCUGCUGAUCAUGGUUUAAGAUGUUAUAAUCUAUCUUCAAUGAAAUAUGAGAAAGAAUUAUAUGCAAAAAGAUAUGGACAUACAGAAUGGGUUAGUUCAGUAUAGCAUUUGUAAAAUGGUUAAAUAGUAUCAGCAGGGAUGGAUAGUAAGAUUUGUUUAUGGGAUGCAAAGGGAGUAAGAUGUAAUGAUCUACUUGGACAUUAAGGAUCUAUUACUAAAUUGAUGGUAGAUGAAUAGUCAGUUUGUAUAUCAAGUUCAUAUGAUUAAACAUUGGUAAUUUGGUAAUUAAGUUCAAUGUCAGAAAGUAGAAAAUUAUUUGGACCACAUAAAAGUGCAGUAUUAGAUUUUGAUUGGAGAAAUUCAUUAUGUGUAAGUGGUGAUAAAUAGGGUACUGUAGUAUUUUGGGAUAUAAAUGAAGGAGAACCAGUGAUGUCUAAAAAUACUCAUAAAGGAGCAGUAUCUAAAUGUUUAUUGUAUUCAGAUGGAGAGAAUAACAAUCUUGUAAUUACAGCAGGUACAAAUGAUGGGACAUUGGUAAUUCAUGAUAUGAGAACAAAUAAAUUAGUAAAUUAGAGUUAAAUUCAUAAAGGAUCUAUUAAUGGUUUAGCAGUGCAUUAAUAAAAUUUUAGUAAGAUUUCUAAUUAAUUUAUUAGUAAUUACUGGUAGUGCUGAUGCAACUUGUAAAAUAAUUGAUAUAGUUGCUGGAUUCAAACCAGUUUCUAUGAUGAAGGCUAAAGAUGCUGUAUUUUCUAUAGAGACUAUUUAUAAUAUGACAAUAGCAGGAUGCGGAGAUGGCAAUUUAUUAUUUUUUGAUAAUGAUUCUGGUUAAUGUUUAUAUGGAUUUGGAGCAAUGAAUAAGGGUUGUGUGAGAUAAUUGAAAAUAAAUGAUAAUAAAACAAAAUUAGUUGCUAUAGGUGAUGAUUUUUCACCAAUGGUUUUACAAUAUUCAUGA